CUAGAUCUCGUUCUCGGUCUGAUUGUCCUUCUCGUACUCUUUCUCGUAUUCGGUCUCAUUAGCUGUGCUGUUUACAUUCUCAAUCGAGAACCUUAUUCUAACCCAAUCGCUAAGUCUUACAGGAUCCCUUUCGGACGUGGUGUUUGCUCUCAUUCUCGUUCUCGUUCAUGCUGUGAUCUUGUUCUUGCUGCCCGUCUUGUUCUCAAUUUACCUUUCACUCACUUUAUUCUUCUCCAUCUCAUUCUGUCGCCUCUGACAACCCCUCUCGGUGAGGAGUUGAAAUCUCCUCUUCUUGUCUUUGCGGAUGGUACCCAUUUUGUGGUCGUCCGACAUGCACACGUCGCCUACGAAGCUCGUCGAGUUGGCUCCUGCCUCGUUUCCGGUCGAGUCGUGGCCGGUCCACUUGCAGCUCGUGAGCGGAUUCGAGGCUCAGACAACGCGGCGCCCGAUUUAAGUGUCAGGCGCAGACGAAAAGAACCAAGUCGGCUGGCAUUUGCGCCUCCACUUGACCAUAUUACUCAGCACGGAAUGAGUAGUGCUGCCGACUGGCGCCAAGUCAACAUGAGAAGAGACCUCGUCUGUCGUGUACAGUUGUUAUUGCAAUCCUGUGCUGACGCACUUGACGCCAAUAGUGACUUUUGUCCACAGCAUCAGCCUCGAUCCGCAUCGAUCAGCAGCACUGGCGGGUGCUCGACUCAUGCUCUCUCGCUCUCCGACCUUUGA